GACCGUGUGAGUGCGUGCUCACGUGUGGACCAGCACGGGAAGCUACUAAUGAUUGAGAUACGGAAGCCGAGACGUUUCAUACGGCGUUCUGGGAAUUGCCUUCUCUCUACAGAGUAGAAACUGAAGAAGGGCUUCUGAGCCUACGGGCCUGUACAGGGGUUGAGCCUCGGGGCCCGCGGGUGGCACUGAGAUGAAAGUGAAGGCCGGGCUCUCUAAACCUUCUAAGGGCAGCGUGGUGGCCAGGCCGGAGUUUGUCAAGAAGUCCGAUCGGAAAAAACAAAAGAAGAAGAAGAAAUUCUGGAAAAAAUAUCCCCAGGCGGCAACUGAAGCUUCCAAGAACCCGGAGUGUAAGGAUGCGAGAGCCGCGGCGGCGCUGCCCCCCAAGGGGCCGCAAGAAUUUUCUCACAACUGGAAGGCCCUGCAGGAGCUAUUGAAACAGAAAACACUGGUUCCAGAAAAUUCCCUUCCUGUCUUUCAAGGAAAUUCCAGAAAACAGCCCAAAGACCACCACCAGAAUGGCAAACAUGUUCUUAAAAAGGAAGAGUAUGGUGAUACAGAACUACCAGAGCUGCCAGGCAAAAUAGGCCAACCCUCCUCCAAGGCCCUUAUUUCUUUAGGGUCUCUGAAUGACACAAAAGUUGCCUCUCAUAAAAAAUGCAGUGAAACAAAGGGCAAAGGCAGUGGAACAGAUACCAAGAAAAGAAAAAAUGGCAGCCUUCACCAGAAAAUAGUGGACAUCAAGCGUGAGAAGAGGAAAGCAGAAUUAGUUCCUCCUCCACCAACAGAAGCAGACAUCUGGUUUGAUGAUGUAGAUCCUAAGGAUAUUGAAGCUGCCAUUGGUCCAGAAGCUGCUGAAAUAGCCCGAAAAAAACUGGGUCUGAAGGAAACAAAUCUGUCACUGGUGAAAGAAAGAGCAUUUGAAGGCAUGACCAAAGCUGUAGCAAUGGACUGUGAGAUGGUAGGAGCAGGGCCAAAUGGGGAAGAAAACAUCCUUGCCCGAGUAUCCAUUGUGAACCAAUUUGGAAAGUGUGUUUAUGACAAGUAUGUCAAGCCAACAGAGAAAGUGACUGAUUACCGGACAGAUGUCAGUGGAAUUCGACCAGAGGACAUCAAACACGGAGAAAAGUUCAAAGUUGUUCAAAAGGAAGUGGCAGAUCUGCUUAAGGACAGGAUUCUAGUUGGACACGCCCUGCAUAAUGACUUAAAGAUUCUCCUUCUUGAUCAUCCCAAAAAGAAGAUCCGGGAUACACAGAAAUAUAAACCUUUCAGGACACAAGUAAAGACUGGAAGACCAUCUCUGAAAUUGCUCAGUCAGAAAAUUCUUGGUAUCAGAAUACAGCAGUCAGAGCACUGUUCGAUUCAAGAUGCCCAGGCAGCAAUGAGACUUUACGUAAUGGUUAAAAAACAGUGGGAAGGAACCAUCAAAGACAAAUAUAAACUACAAAGAGAAAAAAAUGGCAAAGCAUAACUGAGCCUUCCUUGUCACUGUUUCUACUGUCUACACUGCUUACUGCCUUGUUCCUCAACAGCACAGUCAUAUCUCCAGAAGAAGAUAAGCAGGGGUCUUCUUGAAGCAAGGGAGGGGGAGGGUAUUCUGUCAGCCAUCCUCCCUGCUCUCCGUUUUGUUUUGUUUUUUUCCUGAAUGUGUAGUCCCUAAAAUCAACAUAAAUUAUUCACAAAGGUGGUAACUUUUUGGAGAAACUUUUAAACUUGUGACUACAAAGGAUGUAUGCUACUAAAAGAGAAUUUGACCCUCUCCAGAUACAGUCACUCUUGCCCUUUAGCUUACAGUUUCUUUCCUGUGCUCUAGAAGUCAUGGUUAGUGUCCAAGAUUUUAUGAGUAUGAGUGAGGAGGGCUUUGUGAAAUCAAGACCUUUGCUUUGGACACAAUGAAGAGCAGAGACUGAUUCUGGACUUCAGUGAAGCUCUGCAUCCCUGACUAAUCCAUCAUCCAGCAGAAUCAAAAUCAAGAAAUAAUUUCAUUAGCACAUGCAGUGAUAUUUUCUGGACAAGAGGUUUGGGAACUUGUACAAUAAAAGGCUAAAUAAAGUAUGUAACUGGCUUUUUCAUUAGAAUCACUGCCAUUUUACUCUCCCUCUCUCUUGAACUGUGUGUGCUGAAUGGUAUCAUCGACCAAGGUUGGAGUUUCUAGGGGUCCAGUGGACCCAAAGCAGCUUGUCAACUCAGUUCUGUCAUUUACCUUUUGGAAAAUUAACUGGAGAAGAAUAAUUCUCAUCCUAAUCAGUUGUUGCUGCCACAAGAAGAAAAUCUCAUCUGUGACUGGCAGACCAUAGAUUGGAGACAUAUAUACCCAAUACCUUCCCAGUGUGAAUGAGAAAGUUGGAGAAGACCUGCAACAGAGCCGAAGGAGUAAGAUUUGCAAAAGCUGUCAAUCAAGCAUUCUGGAAUGGAAUGGUGACUGGGGGGAGACUUGAAAGAAACAACCAAACUGAGAAGUGGUCUCUUGCUCUUGAGACAGGAAGGAGUAAGGACUGAGAAGAUCCUUCUCUGAUUUCUCCCUACUGGGCAAAGUGACAAAUCCUCAACCUGUUAGCCAUAUCCCUCAAUUCAAGACUAUUCUAUUCUUCAAUUUAGGAGUAUUUUAAGAUUAGGGAAACCCUAAAUCCUCUCUCCCAUCAAACUUCCUUGUCCUUCCUCUUUUCCUAAAUAAACCCCCUUAUUUAAACUA